AUGGCUAUAAUAUCGAGCCUAUUCGACUCUGCGCACCCCUUCCAGACUGGCACACCCUACCUAUUUGGUGCUGCCAUUGUUGUCGUCAUCAGCCUGCUCUUGCACUGGGCUCAAGACGAAAACCCCUACCCAGGCUUCCCUCUCCUGGGCAAGGAAAAGGGAGAAUGGUUUAACACAAAAGCAAAAGAGCGCAUGGCCACUCAUGCCAACGACAUCAUGAAACAAGGAUUCAAGAAAUACAAUGGAAGGCCUUUCCAGGUCAUCAUGGACAUCGGGCCGACCGUCAUGCUUUCCCCGCAGAUGGUGCAAGAGAUCCGCAACGAUGAUCGCUUAUCGUUCAUGCCUACUGUUGAUCGGGUGUUCCUGCCAUGGUUCAAAGGAUUGGAGCCUUUCUCAACCGGCAUCUCGGAGCAUGAUGUCUUCACUGUCUCGAUAAGGCAGAACCUAACACAGUCACUGGGCAGCAUGACGGAAAGCCUCUCUCAGGAGACAAGCUACAUCCUCAAACUUCUCAUGCCAAACGUCAGCAAAGAAUGGAGCAGCGUGACCUGGGUUCCCAUCGCAGCAAAGAUAGCCUCCCGCCUCUCAGCAAAGGUCUUCCUGGGCCAUCCGCUGUGCCACAACGAAGACUGGCUGAACAUCUCGCUGACGUACGCCAUCGACGCGUUCCAAGCCGCGCGCACGCUGCGCUGGUGGCCACCGUUCCUACGGCGCUUCGUGCAUGCCCUCUCGCCCGAGUUCCGUCACCUGCAGCGGACCAUCGCCGACGCCCGCCGCAUCAUCGAGCCCGAGGUCGCCCAGCGCAAGCGGACGCGCCGCGAGGAGCUGCUGGCGGGCAAGAAACUGCACAAGUCGACCGACGCCAUCGAGUGGAUGGACGAGCACGCGCAGGACGAACCGUACGACAUCACCCUUGCCCAGAUGGCGCUGGCGUUUGUGGCCAUCCACACCACUUCCGGCAUGAUCUCGUCGCUCCUGUGGGAGCUCACGGCCAAUCCGGAAUUCAUUGACGACCUGCGGAAGGAGAUUGUCGACGUCAUCACCGAGGAUGGCGGGUGGAAGAGGACGAGCCUGUAUAAGAUGAGGCUACUGGACAGCUGCAUGAAGGAGGCGCAGAGGCUGCAUGUCAUCGGCGCAUUCGCCAUGACCCGUCGAGUCAUGUCCCCCGUCACGCUGUCCGACGGCACGCACCUGCCCGUGGACACGCACAUCGCGGUCCCGACCUGGCACAUGAAGGAUCCGGAUCUCUACGGGCCCGACGCCGCCAAGUUCGACGGCCGCCGCUUCCUCGAAAAGCGCGAGCAGCCCGGCAACGAGCAUCGCUGGCAGUUUGUCACCACCUCGCUCGAGCAUUUGGGGUUCGGUCACGGCCAACACGCCUGCCCCGGCCGCUUCUUCGCCAGCAACGAGAUCAAGAUCGCCAUGGCGCACCUGCUGCUCAAGUACGACUGGAAGUUCGAGGGCGAGCCGCCGCUCAAGAGCCUGCGCGAGACGGACUGGGUGCCGGAUCCCGAGGCGAAAAUCUGGGUGAAGGAGAGGGAGCCGGAGAUUCGGUUUUGA